CCAUCCCACAACGGUGGAAAAUUUCUGCGCGAGAGGAAAUUGCCAAACAAAUCGGCAUCGAGCAACGCGGCGCAGAAAAGCGAACACAGCGGAGAAAAGGUCUCUCCCGCGCGCAAACCCGAGAUACCAUACACAACCCGAGAUGGAAACUGCUCCUUGCUGCGAAUGGGAAAGCACAUAAUUUUCACCCGACCCAAGGAUCAGUUUGGUGCCGACAAUCAUCGGAAGGACCGAAGGAUUCGCGUCGCGCUCGAUUUGCCAACAAUUGUUGUCCAUGGCAGCAGCAGCAGCAGCAGCAAAAGGUGGUGUGUGGAACAGUGGAACAUUGGCCAAACGCUAGGGAAGGCGAACGGCGAACGGAACCUGCAAAGCGUGGAAAAACGCUAAGGCCCAUUGUAUCCUGAUCAUCGGUAGUGGCCAGCAAAGUGCACACCGAGGCAGGAAAAUCGAUAUUCUCGUUUUGUGCUCCUGUGCUAGCCUGUGCGUUUCUUUACCUUUUUUUCGUUAUUAUGUUGCUCCAUUUUCUUGGUGAUUACAAGAGGAUGCGUGCGAUUGGGUCUGUUUCCUAAGCGGAACAUGAAUUCCGGCAAAAGGAUGACUGAGGGAGAAGCGUAGAGACGAAAUGGUGAUAAACCUGGAUUAUGAUUCGCGAAAAAUGGUGCGAGUCACAGUCGGAAGCGAAUGUUUCUGAACGAGAAGAAUGUGCAACCAUUCGGCGAAAGAAAAACAUUUUUUUCUGUGGGGAUUAAUUCCAGCUUCGAUUUUCGCCUGUUUGAGGGAAGGAUUAUCGCUUCCGGAUCGAAUGAGUGAUGCGAAUACUUUGUUUUCGCCGUCGCUCGAAUUGUUUAUAGUGCUGAAUGGUAGCAUUCGGCGCAAAAGUUUGUGAUUUCGUAAUCAGAUUAAGUGCGCAAUACGGCUCAUCGUCGUGAUAUAUAGUUUCGAAGCAACACGAAGAAGGAAAAGCCCUUUCCAACGAUGUGGUGGAUUCAAGUUGCGAGCUAAGGAAGAUUUCCGCGUGCGUGGGUGGUGGUGAGUGCGGAGAAGAAAUACUGCAAAGCAACUCGCGUGACUAAGCAAAAGAUAACACGCAAGGAAAACGUUUCCCAGAGUGCCAGUGGGGCGUGAAGUGGUGAGAAGAGGAUGUUUCGUGCAAAGGAAGAAGAAAAAAUGAAGCGUAUUAGCUGGUGCCGCUCGAAAAUAUACCAGUCGGAAGGUGUUUAACGAGGGAAAAGGGCAGGCAAAGGAUUUCACGAGUUACACAAUAUCGGCCACUCCUCCACCUACUACUACUACUAUCCUAUACGGACUGCGGACCGGUCGGAACGACGCGGAAGUCGCUGCCACUACCGUAACGGAAAUGGAAUUCAUGCAAAGGAAUAUAAUCAUAUCGCUUUUGAUCUUCGUCUUCGGGCUGGCAAAAGACAUCUGCUUCUGCCUGCGCCUGACGGAGGUGCGAAUACCGAACCAUGUGGCCAAAAACAGCACCGUCCAGCUGGAAUGCCAUUUCGACCUGAACGGUGAGGCCCUCUACUCGGUCAAGUGGUACAAAGACGGCAACGAGUUCUACCGAUAUGUUCCUAGAGAUAAUCCGCCGGCUCAGUUUUUCGUCCUGACGGGAGUAUCAGUCGAUCUGCUAAAUUCAACCGAGAAUCAGAUAGUGCUAAAUAAUGUGACUCUGGCCUCGUCUGGGCGAUAUCGCUGCGAGGUAUCAGCAGAAGCGCCCUCGUUCCAGACGGUCUCCAGCCACGGGGACAUGGUAGUGGUCGCCCUGCCGGACACAGACCCAAAAAUCACCGGCGGCAAACCUCGCUAUCAAAUUGGUGACAUGGUCCGGGUCAACUGCACCUCCGGACGCUCGAAACCGGCUGCCAAGCUGACGUGGUUCAUCAACGGCGAGGUGGCCGAUCAGACCGCGCUGCGUCGCUACGACACUGUGAUAACCGGGAGAGAAGGCCUAGAGACUACCAUUUUAGGAUUAGAGUUCCGAGUCAGGCUGCGGCAUUUCAAGCGUGGUGAUAUGAAGCUGAAGUGCGUUGCAACGAUAGCACACGUGUACUGGAAGAGCAACGAGGAGAGUGUGGAGGGGGACAAACAACCAAAACCACCGGCGCUCGAGUCCAAAGAGACGCUUCAUCCCAACGGAUCCCGAGCGGAUCGACAAGAAAGCAACUCGAGCUCCAGUAACCACCGGCGGAGAUUUAUGGCAAGUACUUCUGCUGCUACAAAUGUGCUGCUACUGCUCCUGGUGCUGCUCAACUCGACUUCGUCCUCGUCGACACUGUCUGCGGUCCUGCCGGGGCCGGGGAGCUGGGGACGAUCCUCGAUCAGAAGAUAACUCUAUCCCACGGAGCGGAAACCAUCGGAAGCCCGCUGCCUGCCAGCAGGGGGAAUCACGUAUCUUAGUGGCUUUUAUAUUGCGUUUUAGAUUUUAAUAAAGAAGUAACCUCCCCCAAACACUUUUUAGAUUAAAUUGAAUGCCAAAGAUAUAAAAGAAGCUGUAAAUUUUGUGAGCUUACAACGAAUGGAUGUGGGAGUGGGUGAGACUGCCAAUGCGUGAGUGAGUGAAACAGAAAAAGAAAAUUGUCAGUAAGACAUCGAGUGCCAGAAGCUGAAAAAGUGUAUAUCACAUAGUGAGAUACAGAUCCUGUAAAUAAAUGUAAAAUUUGUUUCUAAGUUUUAAUCGGUAGGAUCCAAUGAAGCAUAGAUGCAAGCUACGAGAAAAAGUCUAACUUAAGUUGCUAAUUUAGAGGAAAUUUUAGACAACACAAGGUUGAUAACAUCGAUCAUUAAAGCGGUCUACUCGCAAUUAAUACAUGUCAAUUUUAAGAGAAAAAAAAUCAAGUUAAAGAGAAAAGGGAAGAGGAAAAGUGUUUCCAUGAUAAAACAAAAAAUCAGUAUUACUUAUCGUUAAACUAUACUAACACACAAACGAAAGAAAACACAGAAAACUGAAACAAACUAAUUCGUCAUAUCAGGUGUAAUACGCAUAAACACUCACAACAAAAAAAACUUUUUAAAUAACUUAUUUAUGUGAAGAAAAUUUCGCUCUUGAACUUUAACAUAUUUAUGGGAAGAAAAAAAACAAAGUAAAGUUGUCUACUCGAAUUCAAUGUAUUUUUUAAGAAACAAAAUAUCAAAUCUCCUUUGUUCCAAUCGCAAUAAGUUCAAACCCACAGCCCCCAACUCACUCUAAACACAUCAGUAUUAAAAAGCAAAUCGAAACUCUAUCAUCUCUAGAACAAUUAAAGAAAAAUCAAAUAUCCAAACGCAGCAACGCAGCAGCGCGACGCAAAUCAGGCUAACGACCAGCGACAUAAACAUGAAUUGCCCAUAUCAGAAACAUCACCCCGCAGGAAAAUGUAUCCUCAGAAAAAAAACACAUCAUUCGCUCCGCAAACACACACACACACACAUUCGUGUUCCUCAGAGGGCAAAUUUUAACGAACAAACAAAAACAUACAUAAAUGAUAAUGGUGCAUGCUGAUGGCCCCCUUUACGAAAUCAAAGAACAGAGUCAAAGAAUCUCCCGCAAAUGAAUGUGAUUUUUAGUAACUGAAAAGAACAUAAAUAGUAAUAGAAGACGGAAAAAAAUAUUGUUUCAAGCAAGCAAACCAAUUAAGACAACGCCAGAGCGCCAGAGUCUGUUUCCAGCUUCGUCGGAGCACAAUUAGUGAUGAUUUUAUUUCAGUUGAAACAAAGUGUGAGUUCGUUUGUUAGGAGAGGGGGAGAAACAAAUUCGAAUGUUGAUUGUUAUCGAAAUGGAAAAUUGGAUUUUUUUUGGAUUAAUAAUGAAAGAGAUUAGAAGAAGAAAAAAAAUCGAACGCACGAACGGUUAUUAUUGUAAAUAAUUUUCAUAUGACCCAGAUACGAU